GUCAAAAUGUUCUUUAAAUUUUUGAUGGAUUAUUUUUCAUUGAAAACUCCGUCAAAUCAUGGUAUCGGGCUCACUUGAUUCUAACCAAUGAAAAUAUAAAUGUACCUCCUUCAUUGAUAAAAAGAGGAUGUGCAAAAAACUAAUAUAUACAUUUCACUAUUCUGAGAUAUCAUUUUGAAAAAUUCGUAUCAAUAUACAAACAGAUAUAAUCCGUGCAUUGAAAAUUCUUCUUAUCAAAAAAAAAAAAAAUACUUGACUAAACAUGCGUUAUCAAUUUUUUAAAAAGUAAAUAAAAAUCUACGAUUAGUAUUUAUACAUCUCAAAAAAAAAUUAUUUCAUUCGUUUCAGACUAUUGAAGCCUGCCAUGAUGAAAUCUCUUUUAUUUCUGUUGUUCUGCAGUGCUAUAUUUUCCGCUUCUUUGGGAAUCAGACAUGUCUCAAAUGAAAAAAGGUUAAUUCAAGACAACCUAGGAAACCCAAUUGAUGACUUAUGGAGAAGAGCUUUGGAAUUUAUCAGAGCACUUUUAAAGAAAUAUGAACCAUUCCAUGUUCCUGACAUGCCAGUACAAACCGUUACUGGUGAUGACAUAAGUUUAACAGCCAAAUUCGACAAUGUUAUGAUAUCCCAGGCAGAGAAUUUUACAAUUGAUAAAAUAGAAAAUAACAUCUUUGGAUUAUGGGCGAAAUUCCAAGUCACCGAACCAACGAUGCUUCUUCAAGGUGAUUACAGUGUAACAGGAUCCGUAAAAGGCAAAAAUGUCAAUGGAAAAGGAGAAUUUUGGAUAACUGUUGGCUCAUUGGUGACUAGUGGAUACAUAAAAGUUACUUUCAAAGGAACAUAUUUGGAAAUGACUAAUUUUGAUUUAGAUUAUUCAAUGAAAUCGUUAAAUUUCAAAGAAUCUGGCUUGGAAAUAGAAGGAAUGACAGAAGAAGAGAUUGAAGAAUUAUUCCAAACUUCGGCCUUCAAAUACUUCACAGAAAACGAGAAAUACGUAUGCAGUCAAAUCAGUGCUUAUGUCAUAGAACAAGCUAACAAGAUUAUGUACGGUAAAUCGCUACAAGCUCUGUUGGAUUGGUUGAAGGAUUUCAUUGAUGGAAAAAUAGUUCCCACACCGGGAACAAACUCUCUUUAUUAAUUUGAGAGUGGAUGUUCAAUUAUUU